AAAGCGUUUUAAAAACCGCAAUUUAACAAUUUAGAAAAAUUUAUGUGAAGUUAAGUUAAAAGGAUUAGUAAACAAUCACCACAAUAACACUAACCGCACAGAUUACUUCAUUACUAUUAAUGUACUCUGUAACUAACCGAUAAGAUGGCGUUGCCGCGCAAACGCAGAAAAAUGAGUUUUGGCGGGAUACACCUUGUCUCCUUUCAGGUUAUUUUGUGCCUUAGUAUACUCUCCGGGAUUCCCCUAAUUUGCAUGUGUGUAUUUGUUAACUUUGAAUUAACAACAUGAAAUCACAAAAGAUAUACCAAAAACAAAAGGUCGUAGUUGAAAUAUUUCAGAGAUUGUCUGCAAUGAGAGAUAGUAAAUUAUGCGACGUAACUUUAGUUGUGGAUGGUGUCCAAAUACAUGCGCACAAAGUUGUGCUAGCUGCUUGUUCGGAAUUUAUGAAAACAUUAUUAACAGGAGACUUUAAAGAAUCUCAACAAGCGACGAUUAAAUUAUCAGAAAUAAAUGCUGAAGCAGCGAAUCAAGUAGUUAACUACAUAUACGGCUCAUCAAUCGAAAUAACGAUAGAUAACGUUUUUAACAUACUACGUAUUUCACGGAUGUGGUUCAUAAAUACUUUAUUGGAAGAGUGUGAACAAUUUUUGAUGGAAUCUCUUAACAUUUCUAAUGUAUUGUUAAUUUGGACGAAUUUUCGUUUACUUAACCAAAACCAAAUAAAAAGGAGAGCUGAAGCUCUUUUGGAAUGUCAUUUUACUGACAUAAUGAACUCCGACAAAUUUAUGGAAUUAGAAAUUGAAGAACUAAUCGAGUUACUAAGCAAAGAUUCAUUAUCAAUUGAAGCAGAAAGUCAAGUAUUUGAAUGCGCAAUUUCUUGGAUAAAACACGAUCAAGAAAGAAGAAAAGUUUAUAUUGCUGAUAUAAUAGGAUGUAUUCGAAUGAGUUUGAUACCAAGAACUUAUUUGAAUAAUUGUUUGAUUCAAAAUGAAUUAAUUAAGAACAAUCAUGAGCUGAUUUAUAAAGUUUAUUCGCAAUUUGCGUCAGAAGCAAAGCCUCGGAAAGACGGAGAUGUGUUGUUGGUUAUGGGCAAAUCACCACAAAAUCAAUGCUUUGUGAAGUAUUAUAACUUUAAAACAGAAACCCUGCACAAGUUGCCCACCAUAACUGAAUCUCUUUAUCAAAUUUCAUUCAGUUAUAUAAAAGACUUACUGUAUGUGGUUUAUAAAAAAUCGUCAGAAAAUAGCCCUAUUAUUGCAAAAUACGGCUUAACCAGUGGAAUAUUAUUUGAUCACAAAACGUUAACAGAUCAUAAAACAACAUUUGAAGAGGUGAUCAUUUUGAAUCAUUUUAUUUAUUCAUUUCACACAAUAAUUAGUAAUAAUUAUUAUGGUUAUUCACCAACAAGUGUCGCAGAAAAGGUUGAUUUAAUAGCUUGCACAAUAACAAGUAUUAAGCCUAUGAAUGUUGGAAGAAACGACGUUGCUUUAUGCGUUUUAGACAAUUUUAUAUAUGCGAUUGGAGGAAGGGAUGCCGUUCGAACCUUGAAAUGUGCGGAACGUUACAAUAUAGAUACAAAUGUAUGGGAACGUCUCUCGGAUAUGAACUAUCCAAGAAAACGUGCAGUUGCUACAUUUGUUAAAGGACUAUUAUAUGUAUUCGGAGGUUUAGAUAAUGUUAGUGGUACGUCUAACACUAUUUCAGUAUACGAUCCCAAGAAUAAAUUGUGGACUGAUAUAACUUCAGAAAUUAGUUUUUAUUCUACUGAACCAUUAUCGAUAACAUCUUAUAAAAAUAUGAUAUACGUGUUUGGCAAAGGUAAUGAUACGAAUCGCGUUGUAGUUUUUAAUCCAGAAACAGAAACUUGGGACACAGACUUAAAUGAAUUAAGUAUCCACUUAACUAAUACAAUUUAUGGAACUGCAUUAAUAGAUGCUUCACAAAUUAUGAAACGAAGGUAUAAAGGAAUAUAAUAGGAAUAUAUUGUAAAUUUCACAAUAGCAACUAAACCUUUUGUAUGUUAAGUUGAUUGCGAAUUUUUAUCGAAAAAAUUGUAGAAACUUGUAAUUUUCAAUAAAAUAAAGAUUAA